AGGUGAAGGAGCUGGUUCUUGAUAACUGCCGUUCGGACGAUGGGAAGAUCGUUGGUCUCUCUUCAGAUUUCGAGAACUUGGAGUUCCUCAGCAUGAUCAACAUCAACUUGUUGUCUGUCUCCAAUCUCCCCAAACUCAGUAAACUCCGGAAGCUGGAGCUGAGUGAUAACAGGAUUUCUGGUGGCCUUGAAGUUCUAGCAGAGAGAACUCCUAACCUGACACACUUGAAUCUAAGUGGCAACAAGAUCAAAGACAUCAACACCCUGGAGCCCUUGAAAAAGUUGCCAAACCUCCAUAGUCUGGACCUCUUCAACUGUGAGGUGACGAUGCUCAUCAACUACCGGGAGAGCGUGUUCACCCUUCUGCCCCAGCUCACCUACCUGGACGGGUUUGAUGCUGAUGACCAGGAAGCCCCUGACUCAGACCCUGAAGCAGAUGGGGAUGGACUGGAAGACGAGUAUGAGAAUGGGGAAGAAGGUGAGGAAGAGGAUGAUGAUGAGGAGGAAGAUGAUUUGGAUGAAGAAGUCAUUGACGACGAAGAAGAUGAAGAUGAUGAUCUGGAAGGUGAAGAGGAGGAGGAUGGAGUAGAUGAUGAGGAGGAAGAUGAGGAAGAAGAUGGUGAGGACGAUGAAGAAGACGAAGCUGAUGAUGACCUUCCGCGAGGGGAAAAGAGAAAACGAAAUAUAGAGGAUGAAGGAGAGGAAGAUCCAGAAGACGAAGAGGACGAUGAGGAUGACUGAUCCCAGCGAGCCAAUCAGUUUUACAGACUAUGACUGUGCUUGUCUUAACCUCCCCAUUGUGUCUAUGUGAGACUGUAAAUCCCCGUCUCCCACUCCUCCCCCCUUUGUAUGGCUGCAGCGUCCACAAUAUAUUUUUUUAAGAUGUAGAAUACUGUAGGCAUUCAGGGGAAUCUUCCAUACAAGGCUCACUUUCUCACAAGUAUCUCAUGACCAAAGGCUUUCUCCGUUCUGUGGUUUGUGCAGCAGUUUGCAAAAAAAAAAAAAAAAGAAAAAAAAU